AUGGACGCUUGGAAGGGCGAACUUGCUGCGGAGGCCCAGGGACACCGUCGUGCCGAGCGCGAAGUCGACAGUCUCUACAUCGACUUGACUGACGCGAUGGACGUCGAUGCUGACGCGUCAGACAUGGAGUACGACGCAAUGGAUACCGACUGCGACCACGUGGAAGUCGACAACGCGACUAUGCCCUGCUCAUCAACCUCGAUUCCUGGAAGGGCGUCCUCCUGGCUCGCUCAAAUUGAGAAGCUCCACUUGCCCAUCCAGAAGCUCCGCGUUGAACCUUAUAUCACGGACAACUCGCGCCGCCAGAGGUCUUCGCCGCGGACCGUGCAAAGACCACAAGAACCGGGAAGAGCCAAGGGCGGCAAGCCGGCACCUGCUCCCAGCGCCGAGAAUAAGAAGGCCGAGAAGUCGUCUUGCCAGGGGAAACCCAAGAAGUCGAACCAAAAGCCAAGGAAUGACUCCUCCCACACCCGAUCCGGCCAGAGAUGA